UGUAGUUGGCAAAUCAUUCGUUCUUCGAUCCAUCAUGAAAGUGCUCGUAGUUUUCGCCCUUGCUCUGGCCACCGCCUCCGCCGGCCUGCUGCCCCAGCAGAUGCCCGUGCACCCCAAGGACCUGUCCUCGAUGCCUUCCAUUGAGGGUCGCAUCACCAAUGGCAAGACCGCCACCGAGGGUCAGUUCCCCUACCAGGUGGGACUUAGCUUCGGCAGCACCAGCGGCAGCUGGUGGUGCGGUGGCUCCAUCAUCGACAACUCCUGGGUCCUGACCGCUGCGCACUGCACCAGCGGUGCCUCCUCGGUGACCAUCUACUUCGGCGCCACCGUCCGCACCAGCGCCAAGGUUACCCAGACCGUUUCCAGCUCCAGGUUCAUCCAGCAUGCCAGCUACAACUCGGUCGUCCUCAGGAACGACAUCUCUCUGAUCAAGACUGACGCUGUCAGCUUCACCACAUACAUCAACAAGGUUGAGCUGCCCGCAAUCGCCAGCUCCUACUCCACCUAUGCCGGACAGAAGGCUACCGCCUCCGGCUGGGGCAAGACCUCUGACUCCGCCUCCGGAGUGGCCAGCACCCUGCAGUACUAUCAGUUUGAAGUUGUGUCCGUUGCCACCUGCCAGAACACCUAUGGCACUCUGGUCGCCUCCAACAGCGUCAUCUGCAUUGCCACCCCCAACAAGAUUUCCACCUGCAACGGCGACUCUGGCGGCCCCCUGGUCCUGGACAGCAACAAGAAACUGAUCGGUGUCACCUCGUUCGUGUCCAGCGCCGGCUGCGAGUCCGGUGCCCCCGCCGGUUUCACCCGUGUGACCAGCUACCUGGACUGGAUCAAGACCAACUCCGGUGUCUCCUACUAAGCACUUUUCUUUCAAUAAAAAACGAGUCAUGAUUUAAUAGCAA